AUGUCCCAUAAAACACAGUUAAGUGAGGGACAAGGAAGGAUUUGCUCUGCUCAACACGCGGUCCGAAUCAACAUGCCAAACGCUACAUCGCCUUUUAGUGGUUUCGAAUUUUUUUCAAAAAAUCACACAAAUAUCACUUCUGGCGUUUAUUCUGUGUUAGCAAUAAGCGCUGCUUUGAAUAUCUUUACUUUUCCUCUCGCAAUUUUACUGAAUAGUCUGGUAAUAGUUGCCGUAAAAACAAAGCGACGUCUGCGUACAAAAUCCAACAUCUCGCUGGCUUGCUUGGCAACAACAGACUUUACUGUAGGACUGAUUGUUCAACCGUUGGUCAUAACCAAUUUCAGCUUAUUCUUCAUAGGUGGCAUCCCUCAAACCGUGACCUGUACUUUUGUUUGGGUAUCCAGCGCUGUUGGCCAAACAUGCACUGCAGCUUCGCUUCUCCACUUGUUGUUAAUGAGCGGGGAACGUUAUCUAGCGAUCAAACACCCCUUCGCCUACGAAAAUGGCCUUGUAACUGAAGCCCGUAUUAUUACUGCAUCCGGUAUGGCCUGGAUAUGCGCAGCGAUUGUCUAUGGCAUCAAAAUCAGCUUCCUUCCAGGAAUAAUAGUUGUUUUUAUCUCAACCGUAAUAUCCACUGUAGUUUAUUGUCAUGUUGUCAUAUACAAAGAAGUUCGUUGCAACACACAGCAAAUCACCGCCAACCAAGUUUCUUUCGCAGUGAAGGAAAAGUUACUCAAGAAUAAGAGAGCUUUUAACACAACUGUCGUGAUAGUUUUGACACUUUUCCUUUGUUACAUUCCGACUUGGAUUUGGCUCAUUCUUUUCAUUUCCUUCAAUGGAGAAAACUCCUCUGACGUAAGACAAGUCGCUUUCUUCCCUAUUAUAUUUCUACUAGCGCUAAAUUCGUCGAUAAACCCACUCAUCUACACUGCAAGAAUCAGACACUUUCGCGUAGCUUUCUUUCAGAUGUUAACAAGAGAAACCCUUGCUCAAGCUGAGAAACUUGAAAAGAAGAUGUUUGGAGCAAAUCGUGUGGGAGUUGCAUGAACUGAUACACAAGAGGAGUGAGAAAAUGAGAACAAUUAAGAAAAUCAAUGGAAGUUUAUUAAUCUCUCCAUGGAAACGAAAGAAACAAAAAACUGUAUAAAAACUUAUACUGAAAAGCCUUUGCCAGAGGUCUCUAUCCAGGGGCGUAGCCAGGACAUUUCAAAGGAGGGGGGGAGGGUCACACUGAGUCAAAUAGAGGGUACUCACCAGAUUGUCAUGUCGACCUUCAUGCCGUGCUUAAAAAAGGUUUUCAAAGGGGCGGGGUUUGGUCACGGGCACCUCGGGACCCUCUUCCCCCAAUCUACGUCCUUGCUUUCCACAUGUGGGUUUAUUCGUGUGAAAAAUUAGGACUUCGGAGAGGUUGACUUAUCAUCGUCAGAAUUUUUAAGAAAAAUGCGAAUAGACGUUUUUGCUCGACAAAUCAAUUAUUUAUUAAAUAUUUCUCAGCUUUCUCCAGAAUGAAAAUCAUUGCCCACUGCUCUUGUUUCUAGGAGCAAAAGCCAACAUCAAGACAACUUCCCACUUAAUUAUCUACGUAGAUCAUCUAAGAUUGUCGAAUAUGCAUUUAAAGAUACAACUCAACGUUUUCGUCAAAGAAAAGAAAUUCAUAGGUAUCGUAAGUCAAGU